AUGGCCCAGAAGGUGGUGCUGAGGAUUCCCACCAUGACCGACGAGAAGACCAAGCAGAAAGCCAUGGAGGCCGUCGCCGACAUCUACGGUAUCGACUCGAUAGCCGCGGACCUCAAGGACAACAAGAUGACCGUCAUCGGCGCCAUGGACACCGUAGCCAUCGCCAAGAGGCUCAAGAAGCUCGGCAAGAUCGACAUCGUCUCGGUCGGCCCGGCCAAGGAGGAGAAGAAGCCGGCACCGGCUGCGGAGAAGAAGGGCGAGGAGAAGAAGGAUGACAAGAAAGAGGAGAAGAAAGACGACAAGAAGGCCGACAAGAAGUGA